CUAAAAUCAUUAGAAACGACAAACGAGUUAGUGGUGUACAGAUUCCUUUGGGCGUGACAACCUUAAAGAUUGGUGAAAUAUUUUCUUUGAAUAGAUAUUGAUGGAUUUAUAGCCUGUUUUCAAAUUGGACGUUUGUUCUUGUGAAGGAAGCUGCAAAUAUUUCUACUGGUGUCUUGUACAAGUAUAAACAAUGGGAAGAUUUGUAUAUUACUUACUGGCAUUUUGUAUACUGAGUAAAUCUUUAGUCGCAUUUAAAAAGAAUACAGACUGUGGAUCAAGUGUAGGAUGCUAUAGUGAUUGUUCAGGGGAUUGUACAUUUGAAGUUACAUGGAGAGAGAUAGGAACAAAGAUCGAGAUUAGCAUGAAGGCUUCAUUGGCUUCAUUGUCUAGUGGUGGUGACUGGAUUUCUGUGGCUUUGUCCAGUGAUGACAAAAUGGGAUCAGACACUGUGUUUGAUUGUAUAACUGAUGGUAGUCAGGUCUUUGUACAAAGGUCCACAAACCCAGGCAAAUACAAUACUCAAAUAUCUCCAUUAGAUCCCUGGAUUACAGUAAAAGCAAAUAGUUACUCUGCAGGGAUUCUGAUGUGUUCAUUUGAUGCUGAGAAGAGUAAUGCAGCAGGAAUUAAUUUUGAAAAAGACUGGUAUAUGUUCUUUGGAAAAGGAAAGUGGGAUCAAAGUAGUAAUUCUAAAUUUAAGCAUGAAAUCACACCCAAGAUAUCUGCAGAGAAAGUUGACCUUCAGAAGUAUGAUGUAAUAGGUGGAUCACCAAUGAAUAUUAUGUUGAAACUUCAUGGGAUUAUGAUGAUUAGUGCCUGGAUAUUAUGUGCCAGUAUUGGCGUUGUUGUAGCAAGAUAUUAUAAACCAGUCUGGUUAGAGGAAAAGUUACUUGGGGAAAAGGUUUGGUUCACGUUACACAGGGGUGUAAUGGUUUUAGCUGUAUUAUUCUGUAUUGCUGGAUUUACCAUCAUUUUUGUGGAUAGAGGAACAUUCCAGGAGAUAGAGUCUGAUUCAGAUUUCAAGAAAGCUCAUCCAUUCAUUGGUAUUAUAGUCAUGUGUUUGGCAGUGAUUCAGCCUGUGAUGGCGGUUUUUCGACCACACCCAGGAGAUAACAACAGAUUUAUAUUUAAUUGGGCUCAUUGGGGAGUAGGCAUUGUCUCACAUUUUCUGGGAGUACUGAACAUUUUAAUUGGAGUAUUAUUAGAUGCAAUGCAGAUGCCGAUAUGGGUGGUAUAUGUUGUGGUAGCUUAUGCUGUUUACCAAUUUGUCAUAGAAUUUUUCCUGGAAAUUUAUGACUGUAUGUCAAGAAAAAAAAGUGCCUCUGAAGCAUAUGAGAUGCGAGAAAAUGACAGUCUUGCAAAACAAGAUACAAAGCAAGAUUCUCAGUACAAUGUCAAGAAGAUUAUACUUGGAAUCCACAUUACCAUAAUCUGUCUGUUUACCAUAGCCCUGGUCAUACUGGUUUCUAUGGAUCUCUCUAUGUAUAUCUAAUGGUCCGUAUAAACAGUAGAAGAAAAUGUAGAUUAUAGAUAUACUUUUAUCAUUAGGAGUAUUUUACCUAUGUUUGAACUCACUACAUGUUAAGUUGCAAUUAUACAAAAAAAAAAUUCUUUUAGAAAUGUUCUCAAGUACUCAUACUUAUACAUUAUAUUUUCAUAGUCUUUAAAUGAACUGCUACUGGGAAAAACAAAAUUGUGGUAAAUAUUUAUUUUUUUACAAUUGUUUUCUUUAGAGUUUUUACUCACCAUUGCAAAGCCUGUGUGUGCUGACAUUGUUUUGAACUGGUAUCAAUCAAUGAGUUUCAGAAUGAUGUGGAUAAGUUCCCUUGAUUAUAAGCUAAACAAGUUUUUGUCAAAACUUUAUUUUAUUUCAAAAGUUUAAACCUAAGUUGAAGAAAAAUGUUUUUAGAGUUCCAUCAUCUAGAUAAAUAAUAUCAUGGUGUACAAAAUGUAAAUUUGAUAAUUCAAUAGUUGAUGUUUCAAAUAGAUACACUUUAAGUAUAAAUUUUCUGAAUGAAAUUAUAUACAAUAGACUACAUUCCAGCUAUCAUUUAUGCUCACCAAACUCCUGCAAGGCACCAAGCCGACCAUGUAAGGGCUUUCUAUCCAAUCAAGGUUGUUAAACACUCCCAUAGUACCAGUUAUCAUCAUCUGAUGUUAUACAGUGUAAGUAACUUAAAUUACAUCUUGUGGAAUCAAGCACUUUACAAGAAUGUAUUAGUUUGUAAUUUGACUGAUAAGCACAUGUUGUUUUUAUGAGGUUUUUUUUAUCUCUACAUUUUUUAAGAGUUUGCAUGUAGUUUUGAUUAUAUUUAAUAUGUUUUUUAAAUGUUGUUCUUUAUAGAGACAACUUUGGGCAUACAUGAAAGUGUACAUCCUGUAGCAAAACUUGUACAAAAUACUGCUGGUUUUAAAUUGUAUGACCUUAUAUGAAAUGCAGGCUUGGUUUCAGUUUAAGGUAAUAGAUAACCUAUGUACUAUUUUGAGAAAAUACUACUGGUUUUAAAUUGUAUGACCUUAUAUGAAAUGCAGGCUUGGUUUCAGUUUAAGGUAAUAGAUAACCUAUGUACUAUUUUGAGAAAAUACUACUGGUUUUAAAUUGUAUGACCUUAUAUGAAAUGCAGGCUUGGUUUCAGUUUAAGGUAAUAGAUAACCUAUGUAAUAUUUUGAGCAAGGAAGAACUAGGGAAAGAAACAGUAAGAUUUAUGGUUGAAAUAUUCCAUAUAUUUUUCCUUACUUAAAGGGACUAUAUAUAAAAACUCAAGAAGAUAUUUUGUGUUGAAGAUUUUAUUUUUAUAAAAGCUUAAUAUUGGUGAAAGGGAAAUUAGAUCUGUGUACGCCAAAGGUGCUGGUCACCAGUGUUUUGUUAUAUAUAUAUGGGUUUUACAUGUUAUUUACUUUUUUAUCCAUACUUUUAAUAUUAAUACAAAGUUAUACAACAAUAUAUUUUAUAUUAUUUUUGGAAAAAAUCCUUUUGAGUCCCUCUGUUAAUGAAAUAAGCAUGCAUAUACAUGAAGGGGGUUGUAUAGAAAGUGCUGAUUGAUUUUAUACAUGUCUUACAGCUUUUUUAACAUAAUUAUAUUAAGUGUUACCCUUGUCUGUCCAUAUGUACGUACGUCCAUACCUAUGUACGUCCCAAAAUUGGUUUCUGUUCUCUAACUUUAGUUUGCAUCAACCAAAUGUUAUGAAACUUAUACACAAUGCUUAUUACCAUAAAUCACAGAUCAAGAUCGAAUUUGGGUGGCAACACUUUUACAGUUCUCUAGUUAUGUCCCUUUCAAACGUUAUAUGCCAGCGGGGGCAUCAUCUGUGUCCCAUGGACACAUAUCCAUUUAUUAUUUAAUAGUUUACUGUAUUGUAUCUGUAGAAAUCUAAAAUAUAUAUUGAUGUUCUAAUUAAAUUUUAUAGUAUAUAAAUAUAUUUUGUCCAGCACUGAUGAAAGGAUAUAGAUGUAGUGUUCAUUCUUCUGUCCAUGCCUUUAUCUUUCUAUAUAUAAUAUCACCUUAGGUUCUUAGAUGAAUUAAAAAAAUUACCAAACAAAAUAAUAUUUCAGACAACUUGUCACAAGUGGAAAAAGACAUGAACUGAUUUGGUCUUCAAUUACACAAUUUCACUUGUGUUUUUAAAUUAAUCUUUUUUCCAUACUAAUAUAAAAGAAUGUCAAUAAAUUUUCACAUUUUUUUUCCCUUUUGGGGUGUAGUACUUGGUCUUAAAAGUGAAUUUUAAAAGGUAAGUCUUUGGAUUGAACCCACUACCUCUCGCACUCUAGGCCAGCAGACUUUCUCCAGACCACCAAGGCAGUUACUGCUUUACAAGUAACAAGAUGUUUCACAUAAAAUGAAAUCCUUUUGUUCAAACAAUUUACCAGACUUAUUGCUCUGUUUUUACUUUAUCAUAUAUAAAUGAAAUCUGAUGUUUGUAGCCUCUAAGUAGUUUUGAAACAGAAAACUGUAAAACUCUUUUGAAUGUUUUUAUUUUUUAUGCAUAAGAUGAUGAAUUCACAUUUAUUUUGUAACAGCAAUUUAUGUCGAAAGUUUGUAUCCCAGAUAACCACAAAAAACAGUCUUUUUUGUGUGUAGAUUUUUUAAAUUAAAUGAAUUAAAAAUAAAAGUGUUACUGUGCAUAUUUCUGGGAUAACUUUUUGUGGAUACUGUUGGUAGAUGAAACAAUGUAACUAGGUACCGGUGAUACAUAAGUAUGGUAGUUGAUUAUUAUUGUGAAAAUAUGUAUAUUUUUGGCAAAAAAAUACAGACCUUUUUUCUUAAUUGUUGAUGGAUUCUCAGUUAAAGGUGAACUAUACAGUUGUUUUAUAUUAAGGUUUUAUCUAUUUCUAAAUUGUAUUUUGGGAAAUAAACUUUCUGUUUAUUCAAUUUA